AUGCUUGGGCGCAAAUUUGAUUAUUCAUUGAAGGUCGUUGUUGUUGGCGACUCUGGUGUCGGUAAAACAUGCCUUCUUAUCAGGUUCAUUCGUGACUUAUGGGAUGAGGAUUCCCAGCCAACACUUGGUGUUGAAUUUAUGACAAAAAUCGUUUCAACAGAAAAGCAUCGCAUCCAGCUUCAACUUUGGGAUACAGCAGGCCAGGAACUUUUCAGAUCUGUUACUCGUGGUUAUUAUCGUGGUUCUGCUGGUGCCUUACUUGUUUUCGACCUUACUAACAGCGAUUCAUUCGCCAACAUCAACCGCUGGCUUCAAGAUGUUAAGGAUGUCGCUCGUGCCGAUGUUGUUACACUUCUUAUCGGUAACAAAGUCGAUAUCUGCGAGGCUAAUCCAGAAAAGCGCCAGGUCACACGCCAGGAAGCUGAAGAUUUUGCCAAACAGCAUAACAUGAAAUAUUUCGAAACAUCUGCAAAGACAGGAGUUCAAAUUAACGAAGCCAUCAAUGCAUGCGUUGAUGUUAUCGAGGCUAAUGUUGCUUCUGGCACAUAUGAUGUUACUCCAAACUCUGAUAAUGUCGAUUUCGAACAGGAAGAGAAACCACAUUCAACCUGCUGCUAA